AUGCUGCGAGGGCCCCGGGCCCUGGCUCCAGCCGCCGGGCCGCCCUCGAAGGGACUGCCCGCGAUGAGCCCUACAGAGCUGUGGCCGCCCGGCCUCAGCAGCCCCCAGCUCUGCCCGGCCACCGCCACCUACUACACCUCGCUGUACCCGCAGACUGUGCCUCCCACUGCGGCGCCCGGCACCUGUCUCGACGCCACCCCCCACGGACCGGAGGGCCAAGCUGUGCGAUGCGUGCCGGCUGGCCGGCUGCCGGCCAAAAGGAAGCUGGACCUGGAGGGGAUCGGGAGGCCAGCAGUCCCUGAAUUCCGGACUCCCAAGGGCAAGUGCAUUAGAGUGGACGGCCUCGCCAGCCCCAGAACACCCAAGUCCCCCGGAGAGAAGACUCGGUAUGACACGUCACUGGGGCUGCUCACCAAGAAGUUCAUUUACCUCUUGAGCGAAUCCAAGGAUGGGGUCCUGGACCUGAACUGGGCCGCCGAGGUGCUGGACGUGCAGAAACGGCGCAUCUAUGACAUCACCAAUGUGCUGGAGGGUAUCCAGCUCAUCCGUAAGAAGGCCAAGAACAACAUCCAGUGGGUAGGCAGGGGAAUGUUUGAAGACCCCACCCGGUCCGGGAAGCAGCAACAGCUGGGGCAGGAGCUGAAGGAGCUGAUGAGCACAGAGCAGGCCUUGGACCAGCUCAUCCAGAGCUGCUCUCUGAACUUCAAGCACCUGACCGAGGACAAAGCCAACAAGAGACUGGCCUAUGUGACUUACCAGGACAUCCGUGCCGUUGGUAACUUUAAGGAGCAGACGGUGAUCGCGGUCAAGGCCCCUCCACAGACAAGACUGGAAGUGCCCGACAGGAGCGAGGAGAACCUGCAGAUAUAUCUGAAGAGCACCCAGGGGCCCAUCGAAGUCUACCUGUGCCCAGAGGAGGUGCAGGAGCCGGACAGUCCUGCCAAGGAGCCCCUCCCCCCGACCUCCACCCUUGGCCCCAGCCCUGACUCCACCCAGCCCGGCAGCAGCACUGACCCUGGGAUGAUAGAACCCAUGGCAUCCCAAGGUGUGACCUCUGUCUGCUUGUCUCCAGGGCCAGCGCUGACUCCCCAGCAGGUCCCGCAGCUGCCAGUGCCCCCGCCCCUGCCGCUUGUUCCCCUGGAGGCCACGGACAGCAUGCUAGAGCUGCCACACCCACUUCUGCAGCAGACCGAGGACCAGUUCCUGUCCCCGAGCCUGCCGUGCAGCUCCCCCCUGAUCAGCUUCUCCCCGCCUUUGGACCAGGACGACUACCUGUGGGGUUUGGACGGGGGCGAGGGCAUCAGUGACCUCUUCGACUCCUACGACCUUGGGGACCUGCUGAUUAAUUGAGUGGCCCUGCCUGCCCCCAGCAGCCCGCCCCUGGCUCUACCUCCUCGUAGACUGACAGGCCCUCUGCCCGUGCAGUGACG